UUCCUUUCGCCACCUCCUCAAAACCCUUGCAGCGAUGAACUCCACGCCGCUGCGGUUCGCCUCUCUCUCCCUUCCGCCUUCCCCGCCGCGGCGGUUCCACCACAAACUGCCGUCCUACGGCCCAAAGUCCGCUCUUUUCUUCCCCGCUCUCUUUCUCCCCCCUCGGUCGUGUCCUGGCCGGGGAAGCCGUCGGGGUCGUGGCGGCCCCGCGCGAGCGCUCGACGCCGCUCAGUCGUUCGACUACGAGUCCCGAGCGUUGGAAGAUCUGGAGAACAGAUCGCGCCUCAAAAUCGCGAUCGUCGGCUUCGGCAACUUCGGGCAGUUCCUGGCACGCACAUUCGCAAAGCAGGGCCACGCGCUCCUUGCUCAUUCUCGCUCCGACCACUCCGUCGCCGCCCGUUCCAUCGGGGUGGAUUUCUACGGCGAUCCGCAUGACCUGUGCGAGCAGCAUCCCGACGUGGUGAUCCUCUGUUCCUCCAUCCUUUCCUCGGAUGCCGUCCUCCGCUCCCUCCCCUUCCAGCGCCUCCGUCGCAGCACCCUCUUCGUCGACGUUCUCUCCGUGAAGGAGUUCCCCAAGAACCUUUUCCUCCGCACCCUCCCUCCGCACUUCGACAUCCUAUGCACGCACCCCAUGUUCGGCCCGGAGAGCGGCAAGCACGGCUGGGCGGACCUCCCUUUCGUCUACGAAAAGGUCCGCAUCAUCGACACGGAGGAGCGCGUCGACCGAUGCCGCCGCUUCCUUGACAUCUUCGCCCGAGAGGGCUGCCGUAUGGUCGAGAUGUCUUGUGCCGAGCACGACGAGAACUCCGCCGAGAGCCAGUUCCUCACCCACACAAUCGGCCGCAUCCUGUCCAAGCUCCAACUCAAGCCCACCACCAUCGCCACCAAGGGCUACGAGACCCUGCUUCAGCUUGAGGAGAACACCUGCAGCGACAGCUUUGACCUCUACAAUGGUCUCUUCAUGUACAAUUACAACUCGACCGAACUGUUAGAACGCCUAGACAUGGCCUUCGACUCUGUGAAGAAGGAGCUCUUAGGUAGAUUGCAUGAUAUAGUGCGUAAGCAGCUCUUUGAGAGUCCUGACGACGACGACGAGCGCAUGGCCAAGGACAGUUGAAGAAAUCCCUUCCUUCUCCCAAGUGAGAGUGCAAAUUGGUUCCUUUUUCUAUAAAAAUGUUUUCUUUGAAAGCUAGCCUGUCUUUGGAUAAUAAUACUAUUAAGUAGGAACGCAAUGUAGUUCUGCAAUUUCUUUGUUGCUUUUGGAGUUUGAUCGUAAGGUCCUUGUUGAACUUUAUGGGCAAGAUAAAUGUCUAGCCAACUUAAGUUGAGUUGUUGAUCA